AUGUCAAGAGUGGUCUUUGAAACUCAAAUCAUCGAUAUCUUUAGAGAGGUCGGAACUGUAGUGUCCUUUCGUCUUGUUUUUGAUAGAGAGACUAGCAAGCCAAAGGGUUACGGAUUCUGCACAUUUCAAGAUCAUGAAACUGCUGCCAGUGCUGUGCGUAAUUUGAAUAACUACGAGAUCUCUGGUCGGCCACUUCGGGUUAAUUUCGCUGAUGCAGAUAAAGAAGCAGGACCAGAUGGACAACCCAUUAACUGGUCUGAAGAAGAUGCGCGACGUGGAGUAUCUUCUCCAGCUCCAGGCGUAGGUGCAACACCCCGUGUACUACAAGGUGUCAAUUCCACAGAAGCAGUGUUACAGGCAGUUGGAUCUUUUCAGGCUUCGCAGCUAACUGAGCUUCUUGGUCAUUUAAAAUUGAUGAUCCAAACCAACCCAGAACAAUGUCGAACACUAUUAAUAAGGAACCCACAGUUGGCAUAUGCAGUGUUUCAGGCACUAAUAUCACUGAAUGCUGUAGACCAGCCCACCAUGCAGAAAAUCUUACAAACUCAAAGUGCACCUCCUGUUGUUCCUGUAGUAGCUGCUACUCCCAUGAUACAACCUAUGGCUCAAACCCCAGCAGUGGCUCCAGCAGGAGCACCUUCCCAAGCACAUUUGGCCAAUUUGAUCGAAGAGCAGCAAAAGCAACUGCUGUUGCAAGUCCUCAAUCUUACACCGGAACAAAUCAGUGCACUUCCAGCGGAUCAGCAACAACAGAUUCUUGCAUUGCGUGCUCAAGUAUUAGGUGUGCAAUAA